AUGGCUACUCCCACAGCCGAGUCUGCAGGCCCCAUGGCACCCACCUUCCGCUCCAUGGACAAGACCAUUGGCGCACACUGGGAGAAGACCAUGAUUGAGAUGAGCCGGACGAUGAUGGUGCCCCUCAACGCGCGGCUCCUCGCGCAGAUGGGGUUGGGUCAGCACACCACGGAGCCCAUUGCGUUUCUAGACAGCGCGUGUGGGGCUGGACCGGCGACGCAGGAACUGUUCAAAGCUGUGCCCAGAGAGGUGCUGGAGAAGAGCGAGGUUGUUUGUGCUGAUGGGUCGCCUAUGAUGGCUGAGUUGGUGGAGAGGAGGAUUCGGGAGGAGGGGUGGGUUGGGGCGAGGGCGAGGGUUUCGGAUGCUAUGGACUCUGGAUUAGCUGAGAACUCGUUGACGCACGUCGUCAUCGGCCUCGGUCUACUCAUCCCCCGCCCAGAUAAAACCACUAAAGACGUCGUCAGGAUCCUCGAACCCGGCGGUGUAUUCGGCUGUAUCACACCACACGUCAACCACAUAGGCUGGGUCGCGGACGUCAUGUCAGCAUUCGCUUCCUUCCCCUUCCACGCGCCGUUCGAGGAGAUGAAUCGGGCCCAGGUUCACGAUGUCGGGCGGUGGUACGAUGAGGCUUGGGUGCGGGGGUAUCUACAGGAGAACGGGUUUGAGGACGUCAAGACAUGUUUGGAGAGCGGGACAGUGAGAGUGAGGGAUGCGAGGCACUGGUUGGAUGUUUUUGGGCCGGUGAUUGCGUUGAUUGUGAGUACGGAGUGGAGUAUAGAGGUGAGGGAGGAGCAUGGGUUGGAGGAGGUGAGGGGGUUGAUUGGAGAGCAUCUAGAGGGGAAGUAUGGGGGGAAAGGGUGGGAUGUUGGAUUUGCUUGUAUUGUUGCUUCUGGGGUUGUUGUGAAGUAG